AUGGUAUCCUGCACGACCCGACCGCGCUGGCGCAUAAGCCCCCUCAUUCUCUUUGGCUUCGCUUGCCUCACGCUUGUCUCUGGCGGGAUAAAUUAUACCAUCGAUGAUCAGUAUGGCGACCCCUUCAAUGGAUUCUAUCCCUUGUACACCAGCACGCCUGAGGGGAGAUGGUCCCUCGGGCCCGAAUGUAGCCGCUGCGACUCCAAACCCCAGAUCGCCUUUGCGCACGACGGCACCUGGCACGACUCGACAUUUAAUAACGACACAAUUCAAGUAGGGUUAGACAUCCCCUUCAACGGGACUGCUAUCUACGUAUACUGUAUCAUGGACAAUACAAAUGGGGAUUAUACCAGGUUCACCAACCUAAGUUUUGCACUGGAUAACCAGCCCGUCGGAUCGUAUUCCCACAUCCCCAACUAUGCUUUGCUACCGUUCCAGUACAACGUGCUGGUCUACGGAAACGACAAGCUCGAAAACGGUGCUCACAAUCUAACUGUAAUAGUCGGUGGCAGCGGCAACUCUUCGCUCAUCCUCUUUGAUUACGCUGUAUACACCUACGAAGGGGAAGCCGCUGGUGGCACUAGUACUUCUACCCCCCCACCUUCCGCCUCCACCACAGCAUCCAUCGCCAUCACCAAACCUUCGAGUAACGAUGCAGUUAUCAUAGGCAGUGUAUUGGGCGGCGUCCUGCUGCUGUCGGCCACCGCUAUGGUCGUCUACAUGUGGCAUCUGAAGCAAAGUAUCAGGCCUGCGAGCUCGAUGUGGCGCUUCUCCUUCGUGAAGCCCCGCCACAGCCGCGGUCAUGAUGGUUUCAGCAUGUCCGAAUCGAGACUCAACGCUGGGAAGACUCCGUACUCUAAUCCGUUUUGGGGUGGUGCGAAGCGGCCAUGGAAAAAGUGA